GCCUUCUUUGUUUUGAUAAAUUUUUCACAGUUUUCCAAUUAAAUUUCCAUCAUUGCGAGACAUUCUGCACUCUUAACUUUUAUAAGAUUCUGCAUGGCUUGGCGAAGUACAGGUGCAAAUAAUCGCGAUUUGUGUAAUCAACUGAGAGAGUACGGUGUCAUUAAAUCAGAUGUAGUCUACAAUGCCCUUGCAAAUACCGACAGAGGAUUUUACACACAAACAGCUUAUCCGUAUGUCGAUUCUCCGCAACGAAUAGGAUAUUCAGCAACAAUUUCCGCGCCUCAUAUGCACGCCUACGCUCUCGAACUAUUAAAAGACCAUUUAAAGACAGGCUGUAGAGUACUCGAUGUCGGAGCAGGCUCUGGCUUUCUCGUUUCCGCUUUUGCACGUUUUUUGAAUCAAGACAAGGCUCCCAAUCCAGAAAAUGGUAUUGUCGUCGGGAUUGAACAUCAUCCAAAACUUGUUGAAUUAGGAAUUAAUAAUAUUCGACAAGAUGAUGCUUCGUUAAUCGACAGUGGACAAGUAAUGAUCAUCGAAGGCGAUGGAAGAUUGGGCUACAAGGAAAAAGCCCCGUAUGACGUAAUUCACGUUGGAGCAGCAGCUCCUGAGACACCGCAAGAGCUUAUAAAUCAAUUAAAACCGGGAGGGAGACUGAUUGUUCCUGUUGGUCCUGCCGGAGAUACACAAUAUCUGGAACAGUACGACAAAAAGGCUGAUGGCACAGUGACAAAAGAGAGGCUUAUGGGUGUCAUGUACGUUCCCUUGACUGACCUGCAAUGAUAUACGAGUUUGUUACAUUGUUGUUUCCAAGUCAUAACCCUUCGUUCGUGGAAAUUCAACUUUUGCUUGGUGAUAAUUGUACUAAUUUUGGUUCUGAUCAAAUAUUUAAGCAUCUUCGGCGUGUUCUAAAUGAAACACAAUGUAACAAUUAAUUUUAAAUAGCUUAAAAUUUACGAAAUUAAAUUUAAUUUAGGCCGUUCCAAAUUUUUUUUCGAUGUUUUUGUCCCAAAAAAAAAAAAUUUUCAAAAUGGAGGGGGGGAAUAAAAAAAAGUUUUGAAAUAGUUUUUCAUACAAAAUGACAAAA